UCGAUAGCAAGUAGCAAGUGCUAUGUCGUGGGACCAACUACCGUUCGAAAUUUACGUGAAUAUUUUUAGAAAUCUAAACUUUUGGGAUCGUAAACCACUGUCGCUGGUUUGCCGCCGCUGGAACGAGGCCGUUUUCUCGAGGUCACUGUGUCGCAGCCUGUGCAUCGAGCUUAGCCGUGGUGAUUGGUGCACGGGGGGCGCCGAUAGCGCAGGGGGUGAAGGUGAAAAAGUGAGAGUCGUAGACGAUGCCAUCGUGGAGGCGAGCCAACGGGACUAUCGGGUGGUUUACGUGAAAUGGUGCAAAGAUUCGCAUCCGUCGGUUCUGAUUUCGAUUGACCGACUGCUGCGGGAGUUGCAGGAAAAGUGCCAGCUAGAGGGUAUGAUCAUCGAUGCACCCCUCGGUCCGCAGUUGGUUAACUUUUUCCGCUCGAAUGGUGAACUGUUGGCGCGUGUUCGGAAGUUGCAAGUGUCCACCGAGUGUACGGAUAGCCGGCUGAGAUUGGACCGGUGUUGGCUUCGAAUGGACCAACUGGAGACACUCUUCUGGAGGGAAAUUGUCCCCAACGAUCAGCUGGAAGGCCAAAGGCCUUUAUUCCUGCUGGAGGCUCCCAAUCUUACUUCGGCGAUAGUGCGCUUCGGUGAUUCGGAUUCCGACCACGGGAUAAUGUGGCACAGUAGUUUUCUCGAGUUGGACCAAAGUUGCCGUUUGAACAGCUUAAAGCUUCAUCUUCACUCUCGAAUGUGGGAACGAUUUUUCGAGCAACAGUUGGGUUCCCUGCAGGAGCUGACCCUUUUUCAUAAGACUGCAAACUUAGAAUCACGUGAUUGGAACGGCUUAUUUUCCAAUAUGCCCAACCUGAAGUUGAUUCAAUUAUGGGAAGUAAAUGAUACCAUGUUGGAAGCCAUUCAUCGAUGCUGUUCCAAUCUGCGAGUUCUCUUGCUGGAAAACAUAAACCUAACCGGACGCUUUCUAGCGACCGAUCGUGUUUUCCUCAACCUAGAACAGUUACGUUUGGAAUCGGGCAAAAUCCGUAGCAGCAGUACGCUGUGCCUUCCGCUGUUGCAACAGCUGGAUUGGUUCAACGUCAAAAAUCAGGAUGGGCAAACGUUGGCGAUUUUUGCGCCGAAUCUGCGCACUCUCGGACAGGCUAAAUACGGAGCACCGGAUUUUAGCCUACUCUCGCACAACGUUCCGCCGAUUGCGUUGGAAAAACUGCAGCUCGAUUUGUACGCAUCCGACAUUCCUGACCAUCUGCAGGCGCGCCCGUUCCCGCUGCUGCGGGAGCUGAACGUGCGCGUCAGUUCGGCCCGUCCCGAGCUCGCUCGGGUUAUGCCGAAUUUCCGCAACGUGACCGAAUUCACCCUGAUUGCCUACAACGCUCCGCUGCAGUGCGACGCACUGCUGAAUCAGAUGUUCGAACACUGUGAACACGUCACCGCCCUGACCCUGUGCGGGUUCAAUCCGAACCUGGAGCUGUCGUUUCCGGUUUUUGGGCAAAUCUUUCGCAAUCGCAAUCUGAAGUCGCUGAAAAUGUUCGGUUUGACCGUCACGGGCCACUCGCUGCCGGUGUCGCUGCCACCGGAACUGCAGCAGUUCGAUCUGCGCUACGUCAAGGUGAUGGAUGUAGCCUUCGGGGCGUACGUUUUCCCACCGGAUGGACCGUUUCCGGUCGUUUGCAAUAAAACCGAUGACUUUUGCUGCUAUUUUUCCAAGGAUUGCGACUAGCAGGAAGCUGCCGCUGCUGCUGCUGCUGCUGCUUGCUUUUGAACAACGUGAUUGACCUGAAUUAUAUUUAUUUUUAUUUAAUUUUUAAAAAGUAAGUUGUUCCUGAUAGCUCAUGGCUGUAGAAAAAUCGCAUAGUAGAAAUAUUAAGUUGUUUGAAAACGUUAGUUUCCGUAG